AUGGGCUGCUGUAAGAAAGGUGAGGACUGUCGGUUUUCCCACGAGUCUGGUUUCCCUGAGAUGCACAACAAGAGGCAAGUUCACACCCUUGAGUCAUUGCCCAUGCUAGAGAAGGAGAUUAGAGAGCUCCUGUUUUCGCUGCAACCGCCAAGAGUCCCAAUUGAGUCUCUGGCAAGUAUAUACAUUGAGAGGUAUGGAAAGCCUCUGCGGGUUGAGGGAUUCGGCGCAGAGGGCCAGCAGCAUGGCAAGGCUUAUUACAACCUCAUAGGUCUGCUCUUGAGGCUUAACACCACCAGAGUGAUCGAGAGACAAGGGCAGCAUUAUAUUGUCCCGGUGGAAGAUGCUCCUAAGUUCUUGGCUGAUGAUUUCAAAUUGGUGAUGCCUUCUGCUAUCUAUGAUUCUAACAAGAUUUAUAUUACUUUCGAGCCUAAAAGCACAUUCUCUAAACAAGAUGCUUGGAACUACUUCAGCCGGUACGGUCCUGUCCAUGAUGUGCGAAUUCCACUUCGGCAGAAACGCAUGUUUGGUUAUGUGAGCUUUCUGAAGUUGGCUCAGGAAGAUGCCCAUUCUAACUCUGGUUCACAUCAGUUGUCAGAUGCCAAUGUCAUUUAUGAGCAUCAUACAGGAGAAAGCAUAUCAAGUCAUCGUGAAUUAUUCCGGGAGAAACUGAAUGAUGAGCGUGAUCUAGGAAUUGUUACUGUAAAGAGUAGUGUCAAUAAUGUGCCAGAAAUGGCUUCACCACCAACACAUAACCUGCCUGUUCACUCUGUUAAUAAAGCAGGCCCUUUGCUAGAAUCUUCACAUGUGUCAGAUCGUUUGGAUGAUGCACCGGCAACUCAGGAUUGUGAUGACUACGGGCUUCCAGAAAAUCUUGAUGAUAUUUACUUGUGA